UAUUUGACCGAGCGAGCGAGAAAAUACCGUGUUUGGCAAGAAAUCGAAGUGGUGUACCAUGGAAGACGAGAGAGCAGGGCGUGGAGCGAAGGUUAGGGUUCUGAUUGAGAACGCCACCAAUUCUACCGAACCAGACCUCGAUCCCCGCCUCCUCAAAGCCAUCAAAUCCGUCGUCCGAUGCUCCGAUUCCGACCUCCGAAUCGCCGCCCACACCCUCAUGGACCUCAUGAAACGCGACCAUUCUCAGGUUCGGUACCUUUCUCUUCUCAUAAUUGACCAACUUUUCAUGAGAUCAAAGCUUUUUAGAAACCUUCUUGUUGAGAAUAUGGACAAUCUGUUGAGUCUAAGUGUCGGGUUUCGGAGGAAUCAGCCGCUCCCAGCCCCACCAGCCGUUGCAAAUCGGCUGCGUUCGAAGGCGAUUGAAUUUUUGGAGAAGUGGAAUGACUCGUUUGGGUUUCAUUACAGGCAGCUCAGAUUGGGGGUUGAUUACCUCAAGAAUACUCUCCGGUUCCAGUUCCCUGAACUACAGGCUAAUGCGGCUCGGCUGCAGCAGGAGAGAAGAGAAAGGGAGAGGAAGUCCAAAGAGAUCUUGCUCAACAAGUACGAGACUUUCAAGGAAAAUUUUCCUUCGAUGAAGGAUGAAAUACAUUCUACGAUUAAUGAGAUUGAAGAGUGUUUGGAAAUUGUUCGUAUCAGAGAGGAGCAGGUGCCGUUGGUUCCCUUGGAUGAGGAGGAUUUUGAAGAGUUUCGCAGCUCCGAGAUGUGGCAGAUACGUCUUAGUACUUUGGAAGAAGCGGAAAAGGUCCACGAGAAUAACGACAAUAAAGUGGUUUUUGAUGCUCUGAGGGAGCUGUACAAGCUUGUAAUGACAAAACAUUUGGUAUCAGUUCAAGAAUGGAUAUCUGUCCUUGUGAGGGUUGAAGUGACUGACAACAAAUUUAGAGAUUCUGCUUUGAAAGAGCUUAUUGAUACGAAAAAUUGUCUCCAAUCGGUAAAGAAGAAGUGUGAAGAAGCGGGUUUUGCUCUUCGAAAUACUGGAAAUAAUGAUGAAGAAGAUUUUUGGGAGGAGGGUAAAAUCACAUCCAUCGAGAGUGGAGGGUCUGGUGCUCGCCAUGAGAGAAAUGAAGAUCGUGCCGCUGUGUCAAUAUCUAAUGAGGUAAAAAAGAAAGAUCUGGCAUCCAGUUGCAAAGAGCCUGGUGACAAGAAAAUGCUUGGUUGUGAAGGUGGUGGAUCUCAGUCUAACUCUUUGAAGAGUAAGCUUUUGGCUGAAGCCCCAUUCGUUAAAUGGGGCCCUCACUUGGACAACUGGGGUUCGAAGAGGGAUGUGCUAGCUAACCAACGGGGUUUGGAUCUUGAAGGUCACUGGGGUAGGGUGGACUAUGAUGCGGUUAUUCCGGCAGAGAAAAUUUCAGAAUUAAGUGUUCAAGCUACUGUAUAUAAAGAAGACACAGUUGAAAUUCAACCAUGUCGUGCCCCUUUGAGCAAAGGUAGACUUUGUGAGCGAAGAGAUUUGAGGGUGUGUCCAUUUCAUGGACCUAUCAUACCCCGAGAUAAUGAGGGUAAGCCAAUUGAUCAGGAUCCCUCAAAGGAUGAGACAAAUUCAGCUGUAGGAAAGGAUUUAGCAGAAAGGUUAGCAAGACAAGCUGUGAAGAAUGUUCGUGAGAGAGAGAAAGAGGUGACAAGGAAAAGACAAAUAGAUAAACAGGAACUGCAGCAUGCAAAGCGUGCAAAAGUACGGGAGCACAACGAAUCAGUUUUAAAGGAUGCUGCAUUGGCUUCAACUUCAAGAUCUGCAGCUAUUGGAGAAGAUAUAGAAACAACUAAUCGCAAAAACCCGAUGGCCAGAAACAAGAAGCAGUCACUUUCGUCCAUGCUGCGUAAGAAAGUUACAACUAAAGAUAGGUUAGCACAGAGGCUGUUAAAUGCCCGAGCUAGCGAGGGAACAGUAUUUCAGCUCACUUUAGGCGAGGAUGUAAGGUAUAGAGAAGCCUUCCCAAAUCAGUGGUAGAGUUUAAUUCCCCCUCAAGUUUAACAAUUUAAAUUAUUUUUAAACAGUAAAAAAGUAUCUAUUCUCUCUGUUCUUUACACUUA